UCUAGCCAACCGUCUAAAGGGGGCGCUAAUGCAACACUGUGGAUGUGGUGCGCCUGAAAGCCAAAGAAGAAGAAGUAGAAGACGACGAAGAAGAAGGAGAAAACCCUGAAGGCCAAAAUGACGGAUGCUUCGGUGGAGAUCGUGGAGGGCUGCCGUCUUCCUGUGCUCCGGAAAAAUCAGGAAAAUGAAGACGAGUGGCCGUUGGCUGAAAUUCUCAGCGUCAAAGAUACUCUUGGGAGAAAGCUCUACUAUGUUCACUAUGUUGACUUUAACAAGCGUCUGGAUGAAUGGGUCACUCCAGACCGGCUGGACAUGAAAAAGCUCCAGUUCCCAAAGAAGGAGGCGAAGACACCCACGAAGAACGGUCUGCCUGGGUCUCGGCCCAGCUCACCAGAUAGAGACGUGAGGAAGAGUCUAGAUCUCAACGUUCAGUCUGCUUCAGCUCCUUCCAGAGGCAAAACCCUUCCCACUCCGAAGAGAAAAGCUGAGUCUGUCUCUUUGGCAUCUCAAGUUUCUGCUGUGACGUCAGUGCCUUCGCUUCCCAGCUCUGCAGAGGCCUCGCAGGCGUCCGUGUACCCAGCAGUCCGAGAAGCUUUCAGCACUAAAUCCAGAGAGGACGAACAGCUCACCUCGAUCACCACGAAUGGCACAACGAGGCGUAUUCUCCCAUCUCAGCCUGGCAGGAAGAGGAAGAAUUGCGGUACAGAUGAGAUGAUAAAGGUAUUCCAGUAUAACAGCCCUCGCAACGCCAGUGGCUGUCUGCCGCCAGGAGAGGACUCUCAGGACAGCUCGGACGGAAUCCCAUCGGCUCCCCGCAUGACUGGCAGUUUGGUGUCAGACCGCAGCCACGAUGACAUUGUUACGCGCAUGAAGAACAUUGACUGCAUCGAGCUGGGUCGUCACCGGCUCAAGCCCUGGUAUUUCUCACCGUACCCACAGGAGCUGACUUCUCUGCCUGUCCUCUACCUCUGCGAGUUCUGCCUCAAGUAUCUCAAGAGCCUCAAGUGUCUGCAGCGGCACCUGACAAAGUGCAACCUCCGGCAUCCUCCAGGAAAUGAGAUCUACCGCAAAGGGACCAUCUCCUUCUUUGAAAUUGACGGCAGGAAAAACAAGACAUACUCCCAGAACUUGUGUUUAUUAGCAAAAUGCUUCCUGGACCACAAGACCCUGUACUAUGACACAGACCCUUUCCUAUUCUACGUUAUGACAGAGUACGACUCCAAGGGCUUCCACAUAGUUGGCUACUUCUCUAAGGAAAAAGAGUCAACAGAAGAUUAUAAUGUGGCCUGCAUUCUGACGCUGCCACCAUAUCAGAGGAGAGGCUACGGCAAACUGCUGAUUGAGUUCAGUUAUGAGCUGUCUAAGGUCGAGGGCAAGACGGGUACUCCAGAGAAGCCUCUGUCCGAUCUGGGUCUGCUGUCUUACCGCUCGUACUGGUCUCAGACCAUUCUGGAAAUACUCAUGGACCUCAAAUCAGACAACGGGGAACGACCGCAAAUCACCAUCAAUGAAAUUAGUGAGAUAACCAGCGUAAAGAAAGAGGACGUAAUAUCAACUCUACAAUACCUCAACCUCAUCAAUUACUACAAGGGUCAGUAUAUUCUCACUCUCUCAGAGGAUAUUGUAGAGGGUCAUGAACGUGCCAUGCAGAAGCGCCACCUUCGGAUCGACCCUAAAUGUCUACAUUUCACCCCAAAAGACUGGAGCAAAAGGGGCAAGUGGUAGAGACAUGUUGCACCGUGGGACCCAUGGCACACAAUCUUGGAGACCUACUAAAAACCUGGAUGACCAAGUGGGCCUCAGAACUUGCAGACCUUUAGUAACAAACCUGUCACAAUCAGACUUGACUAAAAGACUUGAAAACACUAGUGCUUAAGUGACCAGCAGCUAUAAUCUUCAUCUAAACAUUGGACAUUGGUGGUUGCUUCUUUUGAGGUGCUUCGCUGUUGUUCAUAUUUUUCUUUUUUUGUGUCUCUUCUCAUCACUCCUUUUUUGUCCAGUUAAGUCUAAAUGAACUGCUUAACUAAUAGGUUUCAUAAGAAAUCACUACAGCCGCUUUUCCUCCUAUCACAAUGUGGAAGUGUCAAAUGAGAUGACUGUCAGAAACAAUGUUUGGUCAUUUAAGGUAUUUUCUAUCAGAACAGCAACCUGUGGAUUCUGCACAACCACUAUCACAUAUUCACCCCCUCAGGCUAAACCUGAGCAUUGAUCAUUACUGACUGUAUAUAAUGCACAUUAUUCUCUCACUCUCUCUUUUUGUAAAGGAAGUUUAAAUGUAUGUUACUGCAUGUCUGUGUGCCAUGUUGAACUGUUACAAAAAUGUAAAUUGGGAUACUUGUACAGCUGUUAGUCUUAAAAAAAAAGUAAAUGACUACUUAUAGCUGAAAGGGUCCAAUUUUAUUUAGGGUAUUUUGUUUUGUGACUAGAUAUUUUCUUAUUUAUACUAAUGAGGUGAAAAUAGUUAAUCAAAAUACUGAUUAAGAAAAUGUAGAUUUUUUUUUCCCCCAGACAUUCUGGAAUGUGGGAAUAUGAAUCAAUCUUAAAUCUUAAGUCGUUCAGCACAUCAGCAGCACACAUUUGCCACGUAAUGAAUUUUAUACCUUGCUCCAUC